AUGGCUUUUAAUCGUAUAAAGAACGAGCAUCCCUUGAAGGAGCGCGAGGAAUUGAGGUACAUCAGAAGAUGUCGAGUCGCUAUCGUCAGUCUUGGCGGAGUCGGCAAAUCCUUGGCACACUUGUUGAAGACUUAUCCAGACAGAUGUCCUGAUGCUCUGAUAGCCAUAGUGACGAACCCUUUGGACUCGAUGGUACCAGUUACGGCGGGAGUCUUAAAGAAGCGCAGGGUUUAUUGGCCUGAAAGGCUCUUUGGCGUCUGUCAGAUUGACCAGAUGCGAGCGAAGCGUUUCUACGCAAAGGCCAUUGGACAGGAACCGAGAAAGACUUACGUUCCUGUCGCAAGGAAGGGAGCAGACGGGUCUAUGUAUUCAAUGGCAUCAGCGACGCUGGGUUUUGUUCAUAAAUUAUGUCGCAUUCAUCACGAGCCGCAUGUAAUCAUUUCCGCUUAUGUGGAGUCGACGGUGACCAACGCGCGUUUCUUCAGCAAUGAAUUGUUACUCGGACCACGUGGUGUUCACAGAAAUCUCGGAUACGGUACAGUCACAAAGUUCGAGCAAAAUCUAAUCGACGAAGCAGUACUGGUCCUUCAGGGAGAUGUUGCGAUGGCUGACGAAUUUUUCAAGAAAAAUGUAUAA